CGUUUACCUCGUGGCGAUACGUGGUUUGUCCGAAUAAAAGAUUUGAAGCAAAAGCUAUAAGGCUGGUAAAAUCUUUUGAGUCGAAAAUGACGAGCUAUGAAAAAUUGGACAACGAGCAAAAGCGGCAAUCGGCAAAUAUUCCACUAGAAGUGCUCACGAGCGAGGCUGGUCCUUCUUAUCCCAAUCAUCCUGGCGGGACUGGUACAGUGAACUUGCAUGAAAUUUGCCCASCACCAGUGAGAGUGGAGCCACAACCGUUUAAUGUCAACAUGCUGGACCCAGYCUCUCAGCAGUUGUACAAUAGUUUGCCUACAAAGCACAUGAGCUCACAAGGUCUUCUUGCAGCAACAAAUGCAGGUGGGACUCAGCUUAACACAAGUAUUAGUGGACAAUUUUCACAUCUCAAGGGGUCAAUGAGCUAUGCAGAUCUUAUAAGCGGUCUUCUUCACAAAGAUGAAACCGUGCUCCAGUACGGUCAUUUCCAGCACCUCCAGUUCGGUUCUCUGGUAUUCACUGAUCCAGGAAACAAGUUUAUCUCCCAGCCAUGUCCAUGUCAACUUUUGGUGACCCAAAGAGGCUUCCCGGUGGGUAUACCCUCAAUGCAAACCUUGCUGACACUACCUCCUAUCUGCCUAUUCCACUUCGGUUUUUGAGGAGCAUUGAGAUGAAUGGUCAGUCAGGAGUGCAAGGAAAAUUGAUGAUUAAUGGGUGCUCUGUGGAUGUGCAGACUUCCUGAAACAGUGGGAGACUGGGGCUGUACAAUUCACCCAACAAAACCAGAUGGURAUAAGUAUUGGAGUGGUUAUGCCGCCAUGGGAACAACAGAUGUUCUUAAACAUACACGUCACAAUAACCACCCCGGUCACAGUUGUUCGUGAUUUCAUUUCUCUGUUGCAACAGUAUGCAGUUUCUCUCGCAUAAACCUGACCAACUAUUCAUUGUUACUUCUAACGUUUCAUAUUAAAAAUAGGAUAAGGAUAGAUUAACAUAACACAAAAAUAAGAAAAAAAAGGACAAGAGAUGUCUUGAAAGCCAUGAGUUCAGGCUGACUCAAGGUAUUUUACAAUUCUUCGUUUUCAGAUUACGUCACUGCGGCCAUUUUGGAGGAACUUCAACAAAGGGUUUCUCAUUAUUAGUGUCUAUAGAUCAUUCCUCCAAAAUUGCCGCCGGUCUUUUAAUUUGAAUCUCAUGGGAAUGAGUGAAAACGAUCAAUUGAAUAUUUUGACAACGGUAAAUUCUUGUCCAUAGUCAGGACAGAUAGCAAAUAUAUAUCUGGCAUUUGUGGAUUUACAUGGAAAAUAUACUGUCAAAAUGAGGCUUUAGUAUAUAGAAUAUCGUGGAUUACAUAUAUCUGUAAAACUAAGCUACACUGUUUUUGUUAUCGUGAUUAUUAAAAUUCUUUAUGUUUACAAACAAAA